AUGCCAAAGUGUUGGCAAGACAAUGUACCUGCUCCAAGUUUGUGUCCGUUCAGCUUGGCAUACUUGAAAGGCAUGGCUCGAGCAUCAAGUUUGAUGUUUUUGUUGCACAGAUUGAAAUGCAUGCGUGUGGAUUUGUCCACCGACUUCCCGAAGCUCUUCAGGUCUUGUCAGGCCAUUCAUGUGCACCAUGUGAAACAGCCAAGCCGAUUGGAAGAAGCCCUCACUGCCAUGAAGAUCAGUUGCAGGGGUAGCUUGAGGAAACCUACCAACAUUGUGCAAGCUGUCACGAUGAUCCAGCAACUGCAAGCUACUGGUACAUUGAAUGAUUGCAUGGCUUUUGUGAGGAAAUGGAACUCCAUGAGCGCAAAGCAGUUUCACUUUAGUGGCAAGAGGCUGAUCACAUUGAAGCUAUUGUUUGAAGAGGCGCCCAAGGAAGUGUUGCGAUCCAUUGUUGACCACGUGUCCCAGCACGGUUGGGAGCAGUGCACUUGGAGUGACGACAAUUUAUCGACCAAGAAAUUGUUUCCUCGCUAUCAGUUUCCAUCCAAGUCCAAGAGUUGGCUCCCUCGCUUGAAAACCUCAGAUGCAUCAACCAUGUUGGCAAUCCGGUUCUUGCAAAACAACAGAUCCAAAGGCCUGAGGAUCAAACCUGAUGUGGGUACAGUCGAGGAGGUCUCAAUGAAAGCGGCAGUGGCAGUCCAGCUGGCCAACGAGUUGGCCAAGAUGGUGCCAGCUUGGUUGGAAGCUUGGGUUGAGGGCAAUGCCAAAGUCGAUGUGGAGAUUGGUUCUAUCUUGAUGGACCGCAAGGAUGACCUGGAUCCUCGGAAAGACGUUCCUACGUUGCAAAGAUUGGUGAAUGAGCACUGUUUGACCAAACCCAUCACCACCACCAAGCAUGAAGAGAGUAGUUUAGUGCAGGACCAGUUCAAUCUGACCCUGAAGCAGAUGGAAUAUGACACCCAAUGCUACCAAACAUGGAUGAAGAAACACCGCGUGGCCAUGGCCAACCGUGAAGUGGCAAACAUGCAAUGGAAAAGGGACAAACGGUCCCAGUGCAUCACAGCAGCAGAUUCAUUCUUCAACUCAUGCUGCCGCUUGGUGGUGUGGGAUAGAAAGAUUGAGAAAGCAAUCCAGGAGGUCAUGAACUUUCGCCGCCAAGAUAUUGUGCCAAAGCUGGGCCUGGAUCAUGUUGGACAAAUGGCCCAAAUUGUCUACCUGAAUUGCUCAGCGCCUUCUUUGCUCUCUUCUCAGAAUCAAAGCCAUGCGAUUGAGCUUUUGACCUGGACUCUUGCAGACAACAUGCAGUCCCUUGGCCUAGUACUGCUUCCUGUACACACAUACCACAGGGGAAGAUUGCUUUUGGAAGAGACCAAGCUGAUCAAUGAACUACUGAAAGGAAACCACAACUUGGAUUGGGGGUUCAGCAUCUUGUUUGGAAGCAAAUCAGACGCCAGAGACAUGCGCCCCAUGGUGUACCAUGGAAGGAUGGUUUUUGCUUCGCCCUUGGAGAUUCAAAAGAAUGUCUUUUUCACCAGCAGUUUGCGACAACUGCAACGAACAGAGGAGAUUCCGCAGAUGCCCAGCCCACAAAUGAGGCAGGUGGAAAACUUGGACCCUGACAGCUUGCCUGAAGCAACAGACAUCCAUUCCCGGGUGAAAGGAGCCCAGAAGUAUGCUCAAAUUGGUAGCCCAGCUUGUGUGGCCUUGCUCAACUCAGUCUUCGAGGGUGCAAACUACGAUUCUCUUGGCCCUGGGAUGUUGAUUGUAGAUUGUCAUGUGGCAAUCGGUGACAUGUUGCAGGCCUUUGUGCACCAGUGGACCAGCCGUCCAGGGCUCUUUUACCUGGGUUUCUGCGAGGACCAGACUGAGGCAUCAUAUGUGGAACACGUGGUGAAAGAGGCAUUGACUGAGAAGUAUGCUUCUGGCACACCUUUGCCUUCAGGAGAAGUGGUGGACAUGAAAGUUCCAAAUGAUCUUUUGGAGAGCUUGCCAGCACCGCCAAAGUUGAACACUCUGGUGAUCCAAGACCAGAAGCUUUUCAUGCCAGCCAAUGUGGUGAAACAGUGGCGAAACCAUGAAAUUGUGGGCAAGGAGUUUCAAUCCUUUUUGGAUUCCUUCUUGGAGAGCUAUGAGAUCUUGGAAGCCACAGUCAUUGAUGUGGAACAAGAAGCAGGAAGUGAUGCCAAGCCCAACAAACGCCCAGCAGAUGGUCCUGGAGGGCCAAGUCGAAAGAAGCCUCGUAACCAGAUUGCUGACUCCCUCGUGAUUGAUGCAGAUUCCAUCGACAAGUCUCUCUUGUCAGAGUGCAAGGUUGGAUCGCGGGACCCCAUCUUUUUGCAGGUCAGGGCUUCGAACCACAUCUACCUGGUCAACAAGGGCUCCAAAGAUUGGCAAGCCAAUGAAAGUGUGAUUGCAGGUUUUGGGAAAGGAAGCUUCAAACUUUUGAAAGCAGACGAAGAAUGCCCUGAAUUUGCUGUGGAGCUGAGUUUGGCUGGAAGUGCGGAUUUGAUCUCUUUCGGUGGCAGUGUGAGAACUUUGGGGGACAUCCUCAAAGAAUUGAGGGGCAAGAACCCAGAUGUCAAAAUCACCUACUACAAGAUCAAUUUCGCAGCCGAUGAGCCCAACCAGUUCACCCUCCAGAAAACCCAUCGAGUGGCCUUUGUGCCACGACCAGAGGAACGUUCCAGCGAGAUGAAAGAUCACAAUGCUGCAGCCAAAGAAAAGUUGUCUCUGUGGCAAAGCAGUGAAUCUCUGGGUGUGCUGUGGUACAUGAAGCUCAGCGCUGUCAAGGGCUUAGUGCCUUUGAAACCGGCUUUGUUCUUGAAGGGGGCAGUGACCUUGCCACCUCAGAAAGCUUUGGUGGUGGUGAAGCCGUGA